AUGGUAGCUCUUUACUUGCAACAACGCAUUUCAUUCGGCGCGUGUUUGGAGUCUUUCUCGUACAACAAAGACGACCUUUUACUUGGCAAUGGCUUAAUGCUGGUUGAGCUAAGGUGGCACUUGGAACAAGAUUGUGAACAAGAGGCUGAUGAUGGUAUAUUUUUACAAGCAUGUGGAUCAGCAAAGUGUGGAUCAGCAAAGAGUGGAUUAAUCAAGAACCAAGACCAUACUUCAAGGAUGGCCUAUGCUGCUGAGGCUUCUUGUGGAUUGAUGGUGCUCACUGGCCAGUUGAUCGGGGUAGUCUAA